CAUGAGGUAUCAUGGUAAGACUGUGAAAGUACUAUUUACUCUACAAUGGUGAGGAGUCCUCAUCAAAAUAAAAAAAUCUAAUUUCUUUUACAGGACCCAGAUGCUAUACAGUGGGAAAACUAGCCUGGCAACAUAGUGCGUAUUAAUAAAAGGACACCACAUCCUGCCAAAUUCCAGCUGCGCUAAUUGUAUUGUGUUCACAGAGCACACAAGCUAUCAGAAAGUUGUAUGGCAACCACCUCCGGCGCCAAAUAGAACUGGCAGACAUAGACAUUCAGUACAAGAAGAAAAAGAUGGAAAAUCUUGCACUGGAGUCCGAAAUAAAAAAGAGGACAAUUAGGAAACUGGACCUUGAAAUAAAAAACCUUGAGAGGGAGCUCCAAGAAGAUGACACAGCUCAAAAUAAAAAUUAGGUAUAUUCUCGUAAAGUCAAGUGAGCCAUGACAUAUGAGCUCUUAUUGUGAGCACACAGGACGGUGGCAUCUUUCUAAGGUUUUUUUUUAUUUUCCCAGCAAUCAGUACAACCAAGUCAUCGUUAUAAGGCAUCGCCCUCUUUUGCUCACCCCCCCAGCACCAGGUGUGGCCACUAGCCUAUAUGAAGGCCCAAAAUUGUGUGUUCCUUUCUGCUCUGACAAUGGCAUGCCCAUUCGUGCGAGAUGUGGUGGAUGAAGAAGCACUUGUGCUGAGGAGAGCCUUCAGGCGAGAAAGGGUCUUCGGGGACCGGUUGGACCCACUGGCCUUCCCUGACGACCAUCUAUAUGAAAGAUACAGGUUUUCUGCAGAUGGCAUCAGGUAUCUAUGCAGACUACUGGGUCCCAGGAUUAAGCACCGCACUGCACGGAGCCAUGCACUGAGUGUGGAGCAAAUGGUUUGUGUGGCCUUGCGCUUUUUUGCUAGUGGAGUCUUCCUGUACUCAGUGGGGGAUGCAGAACAGCUGAACAAGGCCACAAUUUGCCGCACAAUAAGGAGUGUGUGUCUGGCUAUCAAAGCAUUAGCAGAUGUCUUCAUCUCCUUCCCUGGCCACAGAAGACUCUGUGACAUCAAAGAGGAGUUCUAUAGGAUUGCAGGUUUCCCCAAUGUCAUUGGUGCAGUGGACUGCACACACAUAAGGAUAAAAGCCCCCUCAGGUGCCCAUGAGGCCGAUUUUGUGAAUAGGAAAUCCUUUCACAGCAUUAAUGUUCAGAUGGUCUGCAAUGCUGACUGUGUGAUCAGCAAUGUUGUGGCAAAAUGGCCUGGCUCAGUCCAUGACUCCAGAAUCUUUCGGGCCUCUGAAAUCUAUCAGUGCCUCUGAAAUCUAUCAGUGCCUAUCACAAGGUGAAUUCUCUGGUGUGUUGCUGGGAGACAGGGGGUAUGGCUGCCAGCCUUUUCUCCUGACACCUUUCACAGACCCCCAGGAAGCACAGCAGGCCUACAACCAUGCCCAUGCCAGGACCAGGGCCAGAGUUGAAAUUACCUUUGGCCUCCUGAAGGCACGCUUUCACUGCCUUCACAAAUUAAGGGUCAGCCCUGUUAGGGCAUGUGAUAUUACUGUGGCUUGUGCUGUCCUCCACAAUGUGGCCUGCCUGAGGAAGGAGAGGGCCCCCAGAGUGCCACCAGCCAUGGACUGGGACAAUCCGGCAAUCUUCCCUGAUGACGACAGUGGUCGGCUGCUGAGGGACCAAUAUGUGUUGAAUUAUUUUAGUUAGUAUGUGUGCUUUCAAUUUUGGUUAAAUAUGUCCUGCGGUGGCAGAGGAAUUUGGGUU